CCGAGAUUACAAAACAGGUUUUAAUAAAUAAUGUAACCGUGAUAUGAUCACAACUUUUUAAUUAAUUAAAUUUAAUAUUGAUGCGAAUAAUAUUAUGUGAUUCAGUAGUUGAUGAAUAUUUUAAUGAAGAUUAUUGAAAAAUAGUUUUUGACUUUUAUUGGACGUGUGACAUUUUACGUGUUACGGUUUUUGGUAACUUUUUAGUGGUCUACAUUUGUGACUUACACGCAAUCCAAUUAUGUCCGCUACUACUAGGAAUAUCCGUCACCAAACACUGGAACAACAAAAACAACUGUUGGAAAUGAAAAUGAGGCAGGUCAGACAAACUCCGCAGAUCAUAAAAGCAUCAGACAAUGUCAUGACAAGUGCAAGAAUACGGCCGAAAUCUGCUAGGCCACUAGAGAUGAAUUGUUAUGAUGGUCCAUUAACAUAUGCAAUGAUGAAUUGCAGUCCAGACUCCAGUGAUAUAUUAGGUGUAUCAAGACAUUCUAUUAAUCAAGAUGUUAUUGAAGAUAUGAGAAAAGAAGUAGCUGAAAUGACUGUUGACGAACGUAGGAUAUCUGUAGAUACUGAAGAUGAAGAAUCUUGUUCCAUUUCUCCAGUUAAAAAUUUGAGUUCAAUACACAUAAAAGAAAACAGCCCAUUUAUUUAUCCUUCUUCAACAAUUACUGAUACUAAUGAAUUGGAAGGAGAUGUAUAUGGAAAUUUAGAAACAUUUGUCCUGGAACCGGCUGCCCAAGGUGUUCAUUUUAAAUGUCGUAUAACUAGAGAUAAAAAAGGCAUGGAUCGAGGGUUAUACCCUACAUAUUAUUUACAUUUAGACAAAGGAAAUGGAUCAAAAAUUUUUUUAUUGGCUGCUCGAAAACGUAAAAAAAGUAGAACAUCAAAUUAUUUAAUAUCAACAGAUCCAACUGAUUUGUCUAGAGGAGGUGAUUCAUAUGUUGGCAAGCUUAGAUCAAAUUUAAUUGGUACUCAAUUCACUGUCUAUGAUAAUGGUACGUCACCAUAUAAGUCGUCUAUAGAAGGAGUCCAAGAAAGACAAGAAUUAGCAGCUGUAGUAUAUGAAACAAAUGUGCUAGGAUUCAAGGGACCGCGUAAGAUGACUGUCAUAAUACCAGGCAUGAAUAAAAAUCACCAACGAGUCAAAGUCGCCACAACUGAUAACUAUAGUUCACUAUUGGAAUGUUAUCGAACAAAAAAUAUGGACGACCUGAUAGAAUUGCAUAACAAAACACCACAGUGGAAUGAAGAAACCCAAUCGUAUGUUCUUAACUUUCAUGGACGAGUUACACAAGCUUCAGUUAAAAACUUUCAAAUUGUUCACGAUAAUGAUGUUGAUUACAUUGUCCUGCAAUUCGGUCGGAUUUCAGAUGAUCUCUUUACAAUGGAUUACAGAUAUCCAUUGUGUGCAAUGCAAGCAUUUGCUAUCACUCUUAGUAGUUUUGAUAGCAAAUUAGCUUGUGAAUAGCUAAAUCACAUUUAAUUUCAAUUGGAAAGUCCUUAUAAAUCAUUCAAGUUUUGAUUUUAAAUCUCAUACUCAAUGAUUUUAGUUAACUAUAUUUUUUUUUAUCUCCUUUCACCUAUUUAUUUAUACUUAUAUUUUUGCACCAAAAAUUUCAAUUUAUUCUAGUCUUUAUUUAUUACAUAUUACUAUUUAGUAUAUUUCAUACGUUAAAUUUAAGUUUCAAAUUUUGAAUGAAUGCCAUGAAGUUAUUAUAUUAUUUAAAAAUUAAAUUCUGUUUUUAAAUUAUUGUUUAACAGAAAUUAUGAUGUUUGUUUACAUUGAUUAUUAGAACACUGCCAUUAAUUACGUUAACGUUUUAAUUAUGAGAUGAAAAGUUUUGAAUAAAAGUUGUUUUAUUUUAAUAUUUACUACUUAAAAUUAUAGUAUGUGUUUGGUGAUAAAAAAAUCAAUAUAAAUAUUAAGAUUUUAUUUUGUAUUAAUAUUAAUAAUUUCAUCUUUUAAUCAUUUCAAACCUCUAAUAUUAUAAAUUAAUAAACACCUCAUUAUGUUAUUGUUACAGUAAAUCUGUAAAUUACAGAAACUGAUAGUUUAUUAUGUUGUUAAUUGAUUCAAGUUAACUUAUAAAUUAAUUAUAAAAUUUAUUUGCAAGAUAUUUUUUAAUUUAUUUUUUGCCAGUUAAAACCUACAAAUGACGGGGGAUAAAUUAUCUUGCCCAUAUAAAAUAAUAUGAAAUAUUCCAUUUAUAAUUGUGCAGUUGCACCUAUUUCUGCUGAUUAUAACACCCAUGAUGUUUCUAUGUCAAUUCAAAAAUUAACUAUGAUUUGGUGUUCCUAAAAAUAUUUAUUUACAUUAAUUUAUUUGCCUUUACUAGUCUAUGUUUACUCAAACAUUCUAUUAUUUUUAUAUUAAUUUAAAUAAUGACAUACACUUGAGUGUUCUAAUUGUCCCAAGUCAAAUUUUAAAUUAUUAUUAUGUUACUUAGAAUGUACCUUAUACAAUUUUUGAAAAUUUGUUUUUACUUUUAUAAAACUUUGUAUUGGUAAUAUUUAAAUAUUUAAUAUAUAUAAAUUGUGGCAGUUUUAUUAUUAUAUUAUUUUGAAUAAUUAAUAAUCUUGUUAUGUUUAAGUUUUGUAAUUGUUCUCAUAUCACUAGUAUCAUAUAUCUAUUGUGCACUACUUUACAAACUAGUUUAUAUUAGGCUAAUUGUUUAUUGUGUGUACAAACAAAAGUGCCUUACACUUGUGCCUUACAUUACUUAAUAAUUGUACCUUUUUUAAAUUAUAUAGCAUCAUGUUUAUGUAAUUGUUUAAUUGUAAAAUAAAUGAAAAUAUUCAAGUAAAA